AUGACGGUUCAUAUUGAAGCACUGGAUCUAUGGAAAGCAGUAAAAGAGGAUUAUGAAGUAACUCCUCUUGGAGAUAAUCCAACAGUGAAUCAGAUAAGACACCACAAGGAGAGAAAGACAAGGAAAGCCAAAGCCAAAGAAUGCCUUUUCUCUGCGAGAAUGAAAGAAUCAGAAACCAUAAAAGAUUAUGCAAACCAGCUACUUGACUUAGCCAACAAGGUGAGAUUGUCUGGUAAGAAUUUUACUAAUGAAAGAAUUAUUCAAAAAAUUCUUGUCACACUUCCUGAGAAAUAUGAAGCCACAAUCUCAUCUUUAGAGAAUUCUAAGGAUCUGUCAAGCAUUACUUUGGCAGAACUUGUUAAUGCUUUGCAAGCAUUGGAGCAAAGGAGAAUAAUGAGGAAAGAAGGUUCUGUUGAAGGUGUUUUUCAAGCUAAAUCACAGAACAAGUCAUACGAGGAAAAGAAAAAGAACCAGAAGCAAAGGCAAGGCAAUAACUACAACAAUCAGAGAGGAAGUAAUCCACCCUGCCCUCAUUGCAAAAAGACAAAUCACUCUCAACAGAAAUGUUGGUGGAUACCAGAUGUCAAGUGCAACAAAUAUGGUCAACUGGGCCAUGUGGAGAGGGUAUGGAGGUCACAAACGCAACAAGAAGAAGCCAAGGCUGCUGUAAAUCACUAUGAAGAAGAGUAA